AUGGACCAGCGUGGUUUUCGUCAGUUGCUUGCGUCCAGAAGUCAUGAGCCCCGACGGGAUGAAUCCAACUACGCGGUGCACAAUACCACUGACAGCGAUGGGAGUGUAUCUAUGAUGCAGCCACGAAGCGUGUUGUUGAAUCGUUCAAGCGAGUCGCGGCAGGAACAAUACAAGCAAAUGCUGGGUGCCGAGGAAGCGGCAUCUGGUCGCACCAAGGGGCUUGACUUUGCUCUCCUAGCAAAGCAAAAGGAACUCAUGGCCCAGUCUAGUGAACCACAGGAGGUCGACUUGGACGCUGCUUUCAUGGAGGGACAGCACACAGCCCAGGCCAACGCCAAUGCCGAAGCGCAAGCGGCAGAGUAUCGAGCCAAGUUUCGCAAAGUAGCUGCGCAUCCAGAAGCACCUGAUAUCAUCUAUGUAAAUGGAAAGCGGAUGCGCAAGAAGAAAAAGAAGAGCCUGGAUCCACAGCCUGUCUCGGAGCCUCGCCACAGCAAUGCCGUGCCAGAUGAUGUGCCACCAGUAGAUGAGAAACAGCGAGGUGAGAAGCGCGCAUCACGGGAUGAGCGAGUCACAGCGCCAUCGUCCAGCGGUAUCGAUGCGUCGCAAGCCAAUGAACCAACUCGGGCGUCGCAGUCCGCUGUGUCUACCGGGCACAUGGACAAGAGCCGCUCUGGAGAAAGCGACGAUGAUGCAGCUGACAUUUUCGAUGAUGCCGGCGUUUGGAAUGGCUUGUCUUCCGAUGAUGAACACACGCCGGCGCCAACGAGCACUACGGACAAGGCAUCUACUUCUCUGCAUGGAACAUGCACUGACUGGUUCAGACAGGGUACAUCAACACGAUCGGACCUGCCAGCGCAACCAUCAUCGUCUGAUCCCGAAACCGAUACGGUGCCCGCCCCCGACCAAAACGGCCCGAGCGUGCCGGCGUCAACCGCUGGCCCACAGCGUCUUCAGGGACUCAGUUCAUCUGCGCUCCCAUCCGAAUGGAGCCGAUGGCUUCUUGAUCGAGAAGAAAAAAAGGCCCGCCAUGCCAGUUCUGAGCAGGAGCAGGCCGUGUCAGCCCCACGCAAGCGACGACGCAGCCGUAAAGGCCGAGGUGAUGGCGACAGUCCAUAG